GUGCCGGUCCUCCUCGGCCUCCUCAUCCUUCCCCUGUAGCAUGCUUUUAUUCUACUGCAGCGAAAAAAGAAAGUCACCGGACCCUUGUCAUAUGUUGGUCCCGCGGUCGACUUGGAAUUCUAAUUGCAGAAGCAUUUUCUUCGCUGUCCUAGGUAUUGAUGGAACUUGCGUCCCAGCUGACCUAGAAGCCUACAUAUGAGGACGAAGCUAUCUCAGUUCGAAGUUAUCUCAUCUCUUUUCUGUCUUCAAAGAUGAGGACAGUGAGUCUUUUAACUAUGUUAAGCGCGUCGCUUGCAAGUGUGAAAACGCAAGCACCUACUCCAAUUACCGACCCCGCGAGCUUUGUUCUCCCAUUCAUAGGCACCACGAAUGGAGGGCAUGUAUUUCCAGGUGCUACCCUUCCUCAUGGAAUGGUAAAAGUGGGAAUGGAUACCGACUCACCAGGGAACCAAGCUGGCUACGACGCCAACUCUACUUUCAACGCGACCGGCUUCUCUCAGCUACAUGACACCGGCACGGGUGGGGCAAUAUCCCUAUCCAAUUUCAAAUUAUGGGCUUUUUCCAACUGCACGUCAUUCGAAGAUUGUCCCACUUCCCUGGAAAGCCGUAAAGCGCUGCGCAAGGUUCUUCCUGAUGGCUCUCCAGACGAUUUUGCUUCCCCAGGAUACUUUUCCACUAACCUCUCUACCGGAAUCCGUGUCGAACUGACUUCUACUAGAAGAACAGCCAUUCAUCGAUACACUUUCCCGGAGGGCACUGUGCAACCACGGAUGGUUGUCGAUAUCACAAACGAUGGACCUCGUACCAGUACAAACCCUGUCAUGACAUUGGACCCUGCAACCGCACGUGUAGUGGGUGGAGCUCAAUUCGCUGCUUCUUUCGGCCCAGGAAGAUACACCGCAUUUACCUGUGUUGAUUUUGCUGGAGAAGGAUUCGAGCUGGGACAACCUACUGAGUUUGGGACAUGGUUGGGGAACUUUCCUGUGCAGGGCCAGACGGAUAUCAAUCAAUUGUAUUUUGGUUUCAUCGACGAACUAGGCGCACUGUUCACGUUUCCUCCAGCACCAGAUGGAACACCAACCGUUAUACUUGCACGAGCCGGCGUCUCGUUUAUUUCGAGUGAACAGGCCUGUGCCAACGCCGAAGAGGAAAUUCCCGACUUUGAUUUCAAUCGCGUCCAAACUGAAAAUCGCGCAACCUGGAACGAGCUCCUGGGUCGUGUUCAAGUAGAUACGGCUAAUGUGUCUACGGAGACGAUUCAACUUUUUUAUUCCGCAAUAUACAGAACCCAUAUCUCCCCCGCAGAUUACACCGGCGAAAAUCCCAGGUGGAAUUCAACAGAGCCAUAUUAUGACUCCUACUACUGUAAUUGGGACACGUACCGUACCCUGUACUCUUUCAUGGCGUUACACGACCCUGUCACAUUUUCUCGUAUCGUCCGUGGUAUGAUUGAUAUCCAGAAACAUGAAGGGUGGUUGCCUGAAUGCCGUGGUGCUACAGUAAUGCAGUUCAUUCAAGGCGGUAGCAACGGUGAUCCUAUUCUAGGAGAAUUUUUCGUCAAGUUCAGCGACCAAGCAGCGGCACUCAACGUUUCCGCCGACGAUCUCUAUACUGCUUUACUCGCUGACGCAGAGUUACAACCACCUAAUUGGAAUCUCCAAGGGAGACAAGCUGAUGCUUGGAAGCAAUUCAAUUACAUCCCACAAGAUAUGUUCGAUGCUGGUGGUGCAAAUACCAAGCAGGUCUCUCGUACUCUGGAACAUGCAUUCGGCGACUUUGCGAUAUCUCAAGUGGCGAAAAUACUUGGAAAGACAGACGAUGCUGCCAAAUACUCUCAACGUGCCAACAACUCGUUCAAUGUAUGGAAUCCAGACGUUUCAGUACCGGGUACCCCAAGUGUCGCUGGUAUGAUGCAGCCGCGAUUCAAAAAUGGAACAUUCAACUUCACAGAUCCAAGACAUUGCAGUAUACACGACCCAGAAAUGGCGACCUGUUUUUUGAACGCCGCAAAUCGAGAUGGGUUCUAUGAAUCGUCUCCGAUAGUUUACUCUCAAUACGUACCCCAUGACACCGCGCAGCUCCUUCAACUGCAAGGAGGCAAAGACAGUUUUGUUUCUCGUCUUGACUUCAUCUUUAACCAAAGCUACUUCGACGUUACGGACGAGCCCUCGAUGCAAAUACCUUUCAUGUAUCAUUAUGCAAAUCUUCCAGGAAAGAGCACUCAGAAAUCUCGGCAGGUCAUUGCAGAAUCUUUCAACACCUCGGUCAGUGGCCUCCCAGGAAAUGAUGAUUCUGGUGCAAUGGCAAGCUACACUGCCUUCUAUCUCGCUGGGUUGUAUCCCCUCCCCGCAACUCGUCAAAUGCUCCUUUCUUCGCCAUUCUUUCGCUCUAUCUCCUUUUUCAAUCCCUUGUAUAACUCUACCACCACUAUCAAAGCAAACGGAUUCGAAGGCAACCCUGCCGAUGGGACAGGGGGGAAGGUGUUUGUGCAGAACGUUACUGUGAAUGGAGAGUUAUACAAAUCUAACUGUUUUCUGGACUGGGAUGUGUUCGUUAAUGGUUCAGUUGUCGAGCUUGCGCUUACCGAUGACCCGAAUGUAACUUGCGGGUCGGGUGACGAAUCUUUACCCCCGUCUCUUUCCACUGGCGGUUAUUCUUGAUGACUGCAUAGCGAGGAUUAUUAUAUUUGAGUAAUAUAUACAAGAUGAGAAUCG